UUCGCGUGUAGUUCUCCGCAAUAGCUGUCUUCUCUUAUGAAUCGAUUUUGAUAGCAUCUGUGAUACACUGGUGAAGAGCACUUUUGGGAUUCAGUUGUAGGCAUUGCACAGGCAUGACAAAGCCAGCGUCCUUUACCGAUGUCCGUGUCUUUGAGAUCAACGCACCUGUCGCAGCGCUCUAUCGCCUUCACCAACGCGGUUCUUUAUCAGUGCUGUCCGUGCAUUAGUCCCCGCACUUACCGCAGGAAGAGAAAAAACUGCUGGAGUUGUUACAUGCCCGAAGAAAUCCCUGUUGAAAAUCAAUCAGAUAUGGGUCGCAAGGAGGCUGAGUAUGACUGGAAGAAGAGCACGGACAACAUCCAGGAGGUGUUUGACUUCAUGGAGGUGCUCGGAUCUGGGGCCUUCUCUGAGGUCUACAUGGUGAAAGAGAAGAAGACGGGGAAGAUGUUCGCCAUGAAGUGUGUGAAGAAGAAGAACAAGAGGGACCUGAACCUGGAGAACGAGAUUGCCGUGCUGAGGAGGAUCCAACAUGAGAAUGUUGUGUGUCUGGAGGAUUUCUACGAGAGCCGAAGCCACUAUUAUCUGGUCAUGGAACUUGUGUCUGGAGGGGAGUUGUUUGACCGCAUCUUGGACAGGGGCAUGUACUCAGAGAGGGAUGCCAGUCAUGUGAUCAAACAGGUGCUGGAGGCUGUCAGCUAUCUGCACAAUAAUGGCAUCGUUCAUCGAGACCUAAAGCCUGAAAAUCUGCUGUACUACAGCGCAGAUGAAAACUCUAAGAUCAUGAUCAGCGACUUUGGCUUGUCAAAAAUGGAGGACAACGGUAUCAUGUCCACUGCCUGUGGAACACCCGGUUAUGUGGCCCCUGAAGUGCUGGCUCAGAAGCCCUACAGCAAGGCAGUGGACUGUUGGUCCAUCGGGGUCAUCACCUACAUUCUCCUCUGCGGCUAUCCGCCUUUCUACGAGGAAACGGAGACUCGUCUCUUCUCUAAGAUCAUGAAGGGUCAAUAUGAGUUUGACUCUCCAUUCUGGGAUGACAUCUCAGAUUCUGCUAAGGACUUCAUUCGUAACAUGAUGCAGAAGAACCCAAAGAUGCGCUACACAACUGAACAGGCCCUCCGGCACCCCUGGAUCAUUGGCAAGACGGCACGCAGUCAAGACAUCUAUCAUUCCGUUAGCGAGCAGAUGCAGAAGAAUUUUGUCAAGAACAAGUGGAAGCAAGCCUAUAAUGCAGCAGUGGCUAUCAACCACAUGAGGAAGCUGCAGCUGGCCAACUCCGAGCUGGGCUUGCGCCAGAACCACACCGUGCCGGACAUCCACAUCAUGGAGGUGUCCACCGUGGCCCCGCCCAAGGAGACCAGCAAGGCGCCCAAUAGCGACGAGGUCAACGGCAACGUCCCGGCCAAUCACAGCGCAGCGGGGAGUCACAUGACUGUGCCGCACAGCUGUAGCGAGGCAGCCUUGAGUGCCGGUAAGAAUGAACCCAAGGAGCGGGCGCACAGCCCUACCCGCCCGCACGGCGGCACGCUGCCCUUACACGCUGGCACUCUCACCAGCGCUGAGCGGGGCAAGCAUGUGUACCACUCCGAGCCUGCCAACCUGAACGGGUACACUACCAGAGCUACCAAUCGGUGGGGCCAGAGUCUGCAGACCGGUGUGUGCUCCGUCAUGUGAUCGCCUGUGAGGCUCACCAUGACUUUAAUUGACCAAGUCAGUAUUUCUGACUCAGCCAAUGGCUGUUUGAAAGGGGCAGAGCCCAGAGGCGGACAGGAAAGCUCAUUGGACAACAGCCUAUGGAUGGAGGGACUCUGAAUCCACAGCAGUUCAGAGUGUGCCAAGAGGUCCCCCAACACACAUUAUGCACAACACACAUGAAGUAUACCUAAAAGACACACACCACACCAACCUCUGUCUGCUCACGUCAACAAUAUUUUGUGAAGAGCAGCAAACUCCCCAGCAUCUGGACACUAACUUGCUAAUGAUAAUUAUUGUCCAGUAAAACAAACUGUUCAUAUAUCAGUGUGAUCCAACAGAGAGUAUUAAAUGUGUGUGUUAGAUCAGCGCCUGUUUGUAUCUCCGAACAGGCGCACUCCACUCUGCCUCUGACAUGACAGAGGUAUCAGGACAGGAUGUCUGUCCACAUUGAGCGCUUUGAGUGUAUUGGUGCAUCUGUAUCUUUCUGUGCUAUUCCGCUUCCCUAGCUGGGCACCGCCGCAUGCUAUAGUCAUGCUACUGUAAGGCUAACUACAAGGCUAACUGCUAUGGUGUGCUCAACUCACACUCCGGUGUGAACGCUCCAACAUAAAUGACAAGCGCUUUCAUUUACUACAGAUGAUUCACAGGUCCUUUAUGAUAGAUGACUUGUAUAUUUUCACAUUUCCUUCACCUAGAUCCUUUAGAACCACUCUAUAUUUUUUAUAUUUUGUGUAUUCAUAUACCAUGUACAUACUUUAAAGUUGAUUUUUUUAAAACAAAAAGAAAGAGAAAAAACAACAAAAAAAUAAAUAUUGUCAUGUACUGUAUACACAUGUGCACUUUCAUGUAUGGUCAUCUUGUUAUUCCUAUAGUCUAAAUAUAGUCAUAACUUGCCUAUUGCUACCUCCAUGUUAAUGUCUGUGUUGCUUGUUGUGGUUUUAAGAGAUUAUGACGGACAGUUCUCCUGCCUGAAGGCCAGAGGCAUGUGUGGUCAGAGGAGAUACUAGUUUCUCACUAUGAAAUACUUCCCUUCUGUGAAUAAUAAAGAGACCAGCCCCACCAUUGUUGUAUGAGCCUGCUUUCUUUCGAAACCUAUUGAGGACAAUGAAAGAUU